GAGGGAUGGAGGGGCCUUGGGGGAAGCGUGCUCCCGGCCUCCUCCCGGGGCCGAAGCAGGGCCUGGCCCCGACGAGAGCCCUGCCUUCUCCCUCUCUCUCCCUCUCUCGGGGCCCGCCCCGCUCCCUCCCCUGGCGGCAGGAGGAGGCCCCUCACCCCGGAGGGCCUCCUUCGCCUUCUCCUCCGGCGGAGCCAGGGCCAGGCGGCUUGCUUCCCCUCUCCUCGGGGCCGGAGGGGCUUGCGCUCCAGGGGCCUCGCUGCCGGCAGCAGGAGUCUGUCCGGAGGGGCUCUCUGCCUGGGCGGGCGGCGCUUCCUUCCUUCCCUUCUUCCUGCCUCUGGCUCGGUCCGUCCCUCGGGGGCCGGCCGGGGCUCCGGAGGGCGGAGGGCGGGCGCUUGCCCUGCCUUGCCCUGGCUGGCCUUGCCCUGGCAGCUUCCCUGGCCGCCGGAGGGUCCGCUCCGUCGGGCGAGAUGGGCAGCCCCCGCCGCUCUCUGGACCUGGAGGCGCACGGCCUGGCUCUGCUGGCCGCCAAGGGCGACGUGGUCAGCGGCAGGGCGGCCGCCAGCUGGGCCCUCUUCACCUACGAAAAAUCCAACCAACUCAAGCUCCUGGACUCUGGAGCUGGCGGUCCCGAUGAACUGGCCAAGCGCUUCCAGAGUGGCAGCGUCAUGUACGGUCUGUGCCGUCUGCAGGAUGGUGCCACAGGGCAGCAGCACAUCGUCCUCAUCAACUGGGUUGGAGAGAACGUCUCGGACCAGCGCCGCCAAGUCUGUGCUGGGCACCUUCCCUCCAUCCGGGCCUUUUUUAAGGAAGCCAACCUGGUGGUGAAGGCAUGCCGGACUGAGGAGGUGACCCAGGAGAGGCUGUCGCGCAUGAUGUCCCUGGCUGCUCCAUCAAGCCGCACUCCUACCAAGAAGGGUCCGCCCGGGGACCAAGAGGAGCUGGUGGGCACCAACUACAAGAAGACAAAUCCAGCCCUGGAAAUCCUGCGCACCAAGCGGAGCUCCUUCUGGGCCCAGGCUGAGAGGGAAGAGGAGGAACGGCGCGAGGAGGAGCGCAGGCGAGCCCAAGAGGAGCGCCGACAGUGGGAGCGCCAGCGCAUGGAAGAAGAACGCCGGCAGGCUGCAGAGCGGGAACGGCACAUUCAGGAGAAAGAGCAGCUCAUCCAGGAGCAGAGGAAGCUGCAGGCCCAACGAGAGGCAGAGGAGCGUCGGAACGAAGAGGCCCGAAGGCAGGUGAGUCCCUCUGUCUCCAGGGCACGCGGUGCCCCUACCUGUGCCAGGAAAUGGGGAAUCCAGCAAGCCCCCCCGCUCCAUUUAUAGAAUCAUAGAGUUGGAAGAGACCCCAAGGGCC